AUGGCUAGCUGGAGAAAAAACCAAAGGAACAGUAAUGGUGAAGUGGGUCACCGGAGAUCCUCAUCUUAUUACGGAAAACCACCAUUGGGUAACAGCUUUUCAACAGUGCCUUCAGGGGAAAAGAAGUUUUGGGCUAUGGUAGAGUCAGUUCCAUGGGUAGAAGGCAAGAAGUAUAUGGAAUCGCAUUCCAAAGUGAUGAAGUGGGACGACUAUGCUGCCAAACAUGCUGUUUACGAUGCAAAAUUCAGGUAUUGGGGUGAGAUCAACGGCUAUCGCUGGGACAUUCCGCUGCCUGAUCAGGACAUGUACAUUGAUGAUGUAGAUUGGGAUGCAAGUGUUGAUCCUGAACUCUGUCUGGAUUUGGAUAGAGAAGACGAGGCCAGACGUAACAUGAUAGAAAACAUCCAGGAGACUGUGGUUCUGGGAAUAGAAGGAAUAGAGCCUACUGGAUGGGAGGUCGAUGACGAACAAGUAACAAAGCCUCCCGAACCGAGCUAUGCUGCUGAGGGGUGGGGGUCAAGCAACCAUGAAACCAACUCUUGGGAAGAGAAUGAUUCUCAAAGGUGGUUUCCAAAGGAGCAGUAUGUUGCUGAUUUUCCAAACAAGUAUCAAGCAAGAAAUGAUGGAUAUGAGAGGAGAAAGAAUAACAUGUCAUGGUUUAAGAACCAUGCAUAUCACUAUGGUAAUAACGAGUAUCAAAUUCAAAUCAAUCAAGGAAGAAGAAAUGGAGGAAGAGGAGGAAGGAAGAGGGGAAAUUAUACUUAUGCAGCCAAGGUAGCUACUCCCAGUUCAUCAUAA